AUGCUUUUCAACUCAUUCAAGGAUCGUCUGGGAGACGUCAGCGAUUUGGACCUUGACGACGACAUUGAACUCUUAGAAGAGAUCAAAGACAUUCGAGACAAACUCAAUAUUCUUGAGCGUAUUCUUGAUGAUAAAGAGGAUUUGACACAGAACCUUUUCAAGCUAUUUGACAUUGAAAAACAAGAAGACGGCACGACUACGAAGACUCUCCAGGACCAGGUUUUACAAUAUUAUCAGCAACGAGCCGGUGUCGGGCUACGCCUGGAUAGAAUCAAGAAGAUGGAUGAAGAUGCCAAAAUUUCGUAUGACGCGGUAAGUUGA